GAAAAGGGCGAUCAGUUGAUUUUUGAAUUCGUCGCGAUGUUUCCGAUUUACGCCGUGAUCGUGGGCCUUUCAGUUCUAUCGCUCCUGCCCCAGGAUGCCAGUGGAUCGUGUUCCCUUUCAACCGUUGCUCCGGCUCCGUUCCAUCUUAUCAGCUUUGGCUCGAAGCAAUUAUUGUCCGAUACCCCGCAAACAUUUGAAGUGCAAACGGACCAGACCAUUGACCUUUUCUGCGCUAGUGGAUUUAUUAUAAACUUUGAAACAGUUGAUUACAAUGAGCCGAGUACGAAAACACUUACCGAGACUAAACUGACAAUGGAAUGCCGCCCUUAUCAGUAUUUUACCCACGAUGGUAAAAAUUAUAGAACUCCGUUGGUUCGGUGUCGGAAGGAAGUGUUACAGUUGUUUGAAAGCGAAACAAGUUUGCCAAAUUGCACGGACAUGACCCUUGUGUUGGGUAGUAAAUUCGGUGACAAGAGAUUAAUCAAAAAUGCGGCAUUGUGCUAUGAUAUAAUCGCCACUCAAUUGAAAUAUAUUGCUUAUACGACAAUUUUCAAAGAACAUCGGAUCGUCGCAGAGACCCAAUUGGGACAACUUAACGAUGUCGGAUUAAAUAUCCAAGUGAACUAUGAAGAGAAUCUAUUUUGGAUUAUCAGCCGGCGGGAACUUAAUGCGUACUUGGCAAAGGAGAAGCAGUUGUUCUCGGAAGACACUUUCCAGGUAGGCAGUUUGGUCCAGGAUGUGACUGUUAGUAGGCAGUUGGCCGGCUACGAGAACUUGAUGACCACCGUUUGGUUUGAGGUGCUGCGUUCCGGCAACUGGAAACACUGGACGACGGCAAUGCAUGAUGCCAUCGGUAUGCACUUCGACAUUCGUUUGGGUGUCUCCGGAGUUCUGGAGCUGCCGACGGUCGCCGGACAAUCAUGCAACGCAAGCCGAUCGUUGCGUAUUGCAUUGGACGAUGGCAGAUACGUGACCAUUCCCGCCCACAUUUGGGCCCAUGUGCACGCUGUGGAGGAGACCGGUACCGGACUGGAUGAGUUCGUCAUCAUUGGACACAACUCGCCCUUUUACCGCAGUGGCUCAAGCGACCUAUGCCCCUCGAUGUGCAACCAGGUGUCCUGGCUGCGGAACAGCGUCUUCGCCAGCCUCCACGAGUUCCCCGUCUUAGGAAUGGUGCAGUGCUGCCGGGUGGAGGAUGUGGCCCACAAGCUGGACAAUUUCCCCGGUUCCUUUGGACCGAGGACAACCGAGGGUACCGGGACAACAGAACCCACGGCACCAAAAAUGGAUUUCCCCUUCUCCGGGGUUCUCGGAACGGUGGAGUAGGUUGUCGAUAUGUAGAUUUGAAUAGAUGAACAAAAACUGUAACUUUGUUCAACAUUUUGAAGAAGCAUGCGGCUUUAAAUGCCUACAUAAUUCGCGCUUUGCUUUUUCCCUAUAUGCGAUCCUUAAUUCCAGUAAUAAAGUUAUAAUCAGCGCAUA